AUGGAUUUUAAUCGGAUUGUUGACAAGCUUGAGUCGACUGAUUGGUCAUUGAUAAUGAAUAUGGAAGAUGCUAACGAGGCAGCUGAUAAUUUUAACACAAUCUUAGAAAUGGCAAUAAACGAAAAUACAAGUUAUGUGGUGCCCAAACGGUCAGAUCGAGUUAUAAAGCCAUGGAUAACUCCAGGCUUAAUGAGAUGCCAAAAACACCGUGACAAUCUGCAUCUCGAAGCCAGGAGAAACCCUGAUAAUACAUUUAUCCAAAUCACUUAUAAACGAUACAGAAACUUCCUUUACGCGCUACAACGAAAAUUAAAGACCGAAUACGAGAAUAAUCAAAUUCAGCAAAAUAAAGAUAACCCAAAAAAGUUGUGGAAAACGCUCAAAAAUAUAUGUAAUCUCACACGCAACACUACCGAGGCUAAUGAAUUGUUGUCCGUAGACAAAGACCCUGAUUCUUCUUUAAACGCUUGUAACGAGUACUUCACUAGAGUUGGCAGAGAACUGGCUGAUGACACGCUCAGAAGAUUAAACACCCAAGAAGACCUGUUAGCUGCAGAAUACAAACCAAGAGUGCUUUGCAAGGACUCCCUCUUUCUGCAGCCAACGGAUCCUUAUGAAGUUGGUACGCUUAUUGACCAGCUAAAAAACGAUACUGCACCGGGUAUAGACAGCUGCACCCCAAGAAUUGUUUUAGAAUUCCAUAAUGUCAAAAGACCAGUCCACCAAUACAAAGAAGAGCAAUUAAUACAAGCUAUGACUACGAAAAAUAGGAAGAAAAAUACAUGUACAAUAAACAGAAUAAGAUGCAACAACUGUGAAGAAGAAUUGACUAGCGAUACAGAAAUUAAUGACUUAAAAAUAUUGGAUGUGACAAUUGCCUUGCAUGGUAUCAUUUAA